AUGUCAGCUCGUCCGUGUGUCAUCUCCAAGGGCUUUUACGAGCGGGUGCUUCCGUCUGCGUCGGUGGAUCUCGUGCUCUCGUACGUCGCGUUGCACUGGCUGUCGAAGCUGCCCACGCCGCUGCCGGGCAGUCAAGUGACCCUUCUCCGCCGGCACGCCGCCACGGUACCUGAUGUGGCGUUGCAGUGGCAAGCGGCGGCGCACAGCGACUUGGUGCGGUUUCUGCAACUGCGCGUGAAUGAGCUCUGCGACAAUGGCGUGCUGUGCACGACGAUGGUUGCCGACCUCGACAACCCAAUGGCAGGGACUGUCAAUACAGCGUUUAACAAGUGCAUCGCCGACAUGGUGACUGCUGGCAUCGUGUCGACGGCGUCGAUGGAAGCGUCGGCCGUGCCAACGUAUUUUCGCGCGAUGGACGAUGUGCGAGCGGCCGCCGCGGCCGUGCCGGAGCUGCAGCUCCGUGCCCUCGAGACGGUGUCGAUCCCGAUGCCAUUUGGCAACGUCGCGGCCAUGGCUAAUUUCUUCUCGGUCGUCAUGAAGCCAGCCAUGAUUGCGCAUAUGACGGACGCCGAGCGCGCGGAUCCCGCGAUGCACGAGGCACUCGCCGAUGGCCUUUUGCGCCAUUUUGAUGUGGACGUCGAGGUCCACGGCGCCGUCGAGCCGCUCUACAAGCACGUUUCGAUGGACUACAUUUACGCCUCAUUCACCCGGCGUCCUCGUGUCUCGUCGGCGUAA